AUGAACGGCACAGAUGGAAUAGACAAUGAAGAUAACAAAAUAUGUCACCAUAACUUAAGAAAAAACAGGAAGCCGAGAAGCUACGAUUUCGAAUACUUUGAUGAAUCUUUAAAUAAGCACAAGGGGAAAAGGAGGGGCAGAAAAAGAGGAAGGAAACCCAAAAAUGGUCUACACGUAAUUAACAAAAGUGUAGACUCUACAUAUAUAGAUGAGGCAGUUAAGAGGCUGCACAUUAAAAAAAAAGGCAAAGAAACAAAUGUAUACGAACAGGAUCAAAUAGAAAACAUGAAAAGUGAAGACUACAUUAUCCAUAAACAUGAACUUGUAGAAGAUAGCAAAAUGUUAAAAAUGCCGGCGGUACGCCACAAAGAAAAAAAAAAAAAAAAAAAUUUUAUCAUGGACAAAAAUAUGCAAUUACUUAAUUCAAAUGUGCCUCUCAGAAAUAGUAACAUAAAAAUUGACCGCAUAUGUGAAUAUCUGUCGUACCAAACGAACACCCCAUGGAAGUACAUGGGGUCAACUGUUAAAUUUAGGGUUAUGGAUGAUCAGCCGGAAAAAUAUAUUUUUCUAAAAAAUAUGAAAAAGCAUAUCAUAUUUGAAAUAAUUAAAAUUGCCAUGUUCUCCCUACUGAAGGUUAAUCUUAAUGACAAUAACAUUUAUACUCUACAUACCGAUAUGACUAAAGGACCCUGUAGGAAGUACCCCCGUAGACACAGUAAUGCAUCAGGGGGAAAACGCUCCUCGGGGGAUAAAACCGCAGAAGGGAACUACAUUGGUAGUUUCCUUCAACCCAGUGAGAUAGAACAGUGCGAUAAUACACCCCGCAGUAGUAACAGCCACAUGCACUGCAGCUACUACUGCUACAGCAAGCAUAAGGCUGGAAGUGGUGGUAGUGCUAAAUCGUUAAGGCGCGAUUCUAGCUGUGGCAGUGAAAAAGGGGAAGUCCAUCAGCAGCAUAUGGAUACCCAUGAUAGUAAUGAUAAGGACAACAGUGCAGGCAUUGCUCAUGCGAGUGAAAAUAGUUUGAGGAAUGAUCUUCCUAGAGAAAGUGAAAUGCCACCCACCUGCACAUACACGAAUUGUGAUGGCACGGAAGACAUUCAUAAAAGGCUACAGGAAAAAAAUGAUAUACUAAACCAAGGCGUAACUGUAUCCGAAAUUCUGGACUUUGUAAAAGAAAAAUAUGAAAAGUAUUACGAAAAUGUUAAACAGUAUAUUGUGACGGCACUAAAUAUUUAUUGCGCUUUAAAUAUAUUCAAAUUGAUCAGAAGGGGCAGGUAUUCCAUUUGUAGGUUCGAGCAUUUCAAUAUUUUUAAAGUGAAAUAUUUUAAAAAAUAUUUUAAGUUUUUUUAUAGCUUAAAGGGAGAGGAAGAAAUUUUAAUGAACGUUAAGAAUUAUUUGAAAUCUUUUUAUUAUGGCAAGACGGUACGGCAACUCCGCGCAGCGUAUCAUGGGAACGCGGCCAGGGCGGCAAGCGUAGUAAGGGGCCGCCUGUCGAGUCUGAAGGAAGGUACAAAUAAUGGUGUGUGCGACGGUGCAUACGAAGGUACACAUGGGGGGGAAAAGGACAUGUGUACGACGAGCCCGCGAACGAGUGUCCGGAUGAGCACCAGAACGAGUCCACAUGCGACUCCACAAAACAGCCGAAAAGCGAGUCCCCAACCGAAACAGAACACGAGCAAGCAGCCCGACGUGUGUGUGCAAAACGGAACCAUAAAGGAAGAGUACACACAAAUGAACGAUGACCCCCCAGAAACGAAUAAAAGUAUUAAGCAGGAAAAUAGAAUGACGGAUAUUACCAUACCGGUCAGUAGUGUAGAGAGCGCAGCGCUGAGCAGAAGAAACAGCAAAGUAUCAUCGGCGAGUAGAACAAGCAAGGUGGAGCCUGAUGAGGUUAAAAACGACCUCGCGGUGAACGCACCUUCGAACGAAGCGAACAGGAUUGGGAAAAACAAGAGCAAUAGGAAAAAUAGCCAAAAGGAACCCAGAACAAGGGAAAGACAGAAAAGAAAAAGAAGCAAAGCGAAUAGCAUAUUAGCAACACAGCAUGAUGAAGAAAAAAUAAAAAAUGUAUGUAUCGACUUAAAUAAAAUUAAUAUAAAAUGUGUCCAAGUGGUAGACGGCAUUAAACAUUUUUUCUGUUCCUACGAUACAAAAGAAAUAAAUGAUGAAGAAUUUGAAAUCAUCAAAGUGCAAAAAAAAUACGACCUGUUGAGAAGGUCCAGCAGUGCAAAUAUGAAUUUAAGGUAUAAUUCUUUUAGUGGUUCCAAAAGGCUACAAAGUAGAAAGGUGGUGAAGUACAAUGAUGAUAACUACGGCUCAGUGGGCACCAGAAAUUUACUUUUAAGAAAUGAUAGUGGCAUGAAUAUGAAUGUCAACCUUAAUAAUGACGAGAAAAUGGGGACGCAACCCCAGUAUGGGAAACAGAAGAAACAAAAUUACGAAGAUGAUGUAAUGAAGCAUGAAAAGUACAACUCUGUUAAUUUUAACAUCAGUUAUAAAACGUUGAGGAAGAAAAUGAUUUGUGUUAGACACUACGUAUGCACCACCAAGAAGGAAGAACGCUCGCAUAAGCCAAGGCAUGAACUGAAAGGAAAGGAUAAACUUCCUACCGUCUCGAAUGAUAGCUUGAUACAAACGUGCUCCAUGAAUUCAAACAUGUCCGUUGUUAGCGGCGAUGGGAUAUCCUCCAUGAAUAUGGAGAGCCACUGUUCGCAGUGA